UAAUGUGGGUGGCGAUCCCCAAGCUUCUGGGUGAAGCUGCAGGGGGAGGAACCACAAUGGUGAUGACAGUCCUGCUGGUAACGUUUCUGUUCCAAUAUCUCCCCAAAAUAUACCACUCCGUCUGUCUUCUCCGCAAUCUCUCCGGCUACAAUAUCUUCGGCACCAUCUGGUGGGGCAUUGCUCUCAACCUGAUCGCCUAUUUCGUCGCCUCCCACGCCGUCGGCGCGUGCUGGUACUUGCUCGGCAUCCAGAGGGCUGCCAAAUGCCUCCACCACCACUGCCUCCUCGCCAAGGUCCACCCCCGCCUCCUCGCCUGCAACCGCCCCACUUUCUACUACGGCGCCGCCGACUUCAUCGCCGCCGCGGCCGACGAGAGGCAAAGAUUCCUCUGGUCGGAGAAUAAGAACGCCAGAUAUACCUGCCUCGAGAACUACGACAAUUUCGACUACGGAGCUUACAAAUGGACUGUCCAGCUCGUCACCAAUGGCAGCCGCUUGGAGAAGAUACUUUUCCCCAUCUUCUGGGGCCUCAUGACCCUAAGCACGUUCGGGAACUUGGAGAGCACCACGGAUUGCCUGGAAGUGGUGUUCAUCAUCAUCGUCCUCACCAGUGGACUCCUCCUGGUCACAAUGUUAAUCGGCAACAUCAAGGUGUUCUUGCACGCUACGACUUCGAAGAAACAGGCGAUGCAGCUGAAGAUGAGGAACAUAGAAUGGUGGAUGAGGAAACGGCGGCUGCCGCAGCCAUUCCGGCAGAGAGUGAGAAACUACGAGAGGCAGCGGUGGGCGGCGAUGAGAGGAGUCGACGAAUGGGAAAUCACCAGGAAGCUUCCAGAAGGCCUCAGAAGAGACAUCAAAUACCAUCUCUGCUUAGACCUCGUCCGACAGGUCCCUCUCUUCCAGCACAUGGAUAACCUCGUCCUCGAGAACAUCUGCGAUCGUGUCAAGUCUCUCAUUUUCACCAAAGCCGAAACUAUCACUAGAGAAGGCGAUCCAGUGCAACGAAUGAUCUUCAUCGUCAGGGGACAUCUUCAAAGCAGCCAAGUUCUCCGCGACGGGGUGAAGAGCUGCUGCAUGUUGGGGCCGGGGAAUUUCAGCGGCGACGAGCUCCUCUCAUGGUGCCUCCGCCGCCCAUUCGUCGAGAGGCUUCCGGCAUCAUCGUCGACGCUGGUGACACUGGAGACGACAGAGGCGUUCAGCCUGGAAGCAGAGGAUGUUAAGUAUGUGACGCAGCAUUUUCGAUACACGUUCACCAACGAGAAGGUGAAGAGAAGCGCGUGCUACUACUCGCCGGGGUGGCGCACGUGGGCUGCCGUCGCUAUUCAGCUGGCCUGGAGGAGAUACAAGCACCGCCUGACGUUAACAUCGCUGUCAUUCAUCAGGCCGCGCCGGCCAUUGUCGAGAUGCUCGUCGCUCGGGGAAGACAGGCUCAGGCUUUACACGGCAUUGCUGACUUCCCCCAAGCCUAAUAACGACGAUGACUUCGAGUUCUGAUCAUUUUAUUUCGAUUACGGGAAAAAGAAAUCAGUUUCAUAAGGACUUUACUCGAUUAUACAUUGAUUGCAGAAGAAGAAUACUAGAACAGAUUAUAUAUAUAUUACUACGCCGGAAAAUGGUGGAUAUCUUCUUCCUCAGCUUCUUGUCCGGCGGAUCCU